UAACCAUUAUAGUCAUAGAAUAUAUAGAGAUUAGAUACAUAAGUUUGAAAUAAUUGUUCAAUAUGUCCAACAAUUAUUCUCUUCAAAUUUAAUUCCCUAAGAGCAAAAAGUCGACUUCUACCGAAACUGACUUGGCAGAAAGUCGACUUUUUUAAGGACAAAAGCGAAAUUGCUGCGCCAGAUAGUUCUUGCAGUUAUGGCGGAUCUAAAAGAGGAUCAGGAUAAGGCCAAGUGGAAACAUCCUUACAGGUUAGGUAUGAACACCAGAAAUGGAGGAACCUGUGUUCAUGCAUUUUUCGUGCGUUCUACGGAAAAUCAGUCCGGAAUAGGUGGUUUAUAAAGAGGUGUACGAAACGAAUAAGAUGUAUAUGCGAGGUGUCACGGCGAUAGAACCCGAAUGAUUGCCGAAAUUCGCUUCCAUGCUAUGCCAUCUUAGUGAACCAUUGGUUGAUCCAUCGCCAAGAUAUAAUCAAGGAAUCGGGAAGAUCAUUUGUCGCGCGUGUCUGGUACAUUUGGAAAGGCCGCAUGGGCACUACCAUCGAUGGAUAUAGAGCAUCCGUGGACGAUGUCAAGUGGUUCGCGUAUUUCUUCUUGGAGGGUCAAGCUGAAACGAUUUGUUCUGUCGCUGCUGACGAUAUCUAGGAGCAUCACCAAGUUAUGGGCCAGGUUGAUACCACGCACUCAAGCAAUAGUACAAACGCUGCAGUCGCAGGGAGUCGUAUCCAAAUACAAACUGCUAGAAAUCUGGGGUUCGGAUAAAAAAUCAUGGACGUGGUGACUACUAGCUUAGAAGCUCUAAUACAGAGGAUUACAAAUCCACAAAAUCAGAAGCCAGACGUAGCAGCCAUCGAAGCAUUCUGUGUGAUGCUUACUAAAGAAACAGAGGGUAUACAAAUAGGUAUCAAGUUAUUGGCAACGCAAAUUCAAUCACUUAAGGAAUCAGAAGCACUACAAGCACUUUCGUUACUAGAUACUUGUAUGAAGAGAUGUGGUCCGUUAUUUCAUGCGGAAGUUGGUAAAUUCCGUUUUCUUAAUGAGAUGAUAAAAUUGGUCUCGCCAAAAUAUUUAGGUAAUCGCACUACAGUGAGUGUACGGCAAAAAGUUUUGCAACUUCUUUAUGUAUGGAUCAGAGAAUAUCCUCGCGAAUCAAAAAUUAAGGAGGCUUACGAGAUGUUGAAGAAGCAAGGAGUCAUUGAGGAGGAUGCAGCAUUUAUAAUGGCAAACAGUGAAGAAAUUCAAAAAUCGUCUAAAAUAAAAAGUAAUAUAUUUGAAAAUGAAGAAAUGUCAAGGCAUUUGCGUAGAUUACUUCAUAGUAAGGAUCCUUCUGAUCUACAGACUGCAAACCGACUGAUCAAGUUUAUGGUGAAAGAGGAUGAGGAACGACUGCAGUUAAACUCGCGAAGAGGAAUAGAAUUAGAAUCUGUGCAAAACAAUGUAAUGCUACUGUCAGAAAUGUUAGAUUCAUAUAAUCAGAAUGAAACCAGUGCAGAGGAUCUUGAAUUGAUGAAGGAGUUGUAUCAAGCAUGCGAGCGACUGAAACCUAUUUUGUUGAGACUCGCCAACGAAACUCAGGGCAAUGUCGAAAUGCUUGGUAUCUUGUUAUAUUUAAACCUAACGAUUUACUCGGUAGAUUUUAUAUUAUUAACAGAAUAUCCUAAACUGUCGUCUAGAAAAUUCUGUUAAUAAUAUAAUCAGUUCAAAAAAUUUAAGCCAUAAUUACGUAUUUUAAGACUAAAAAUCUUAUUUUUCACAUUUGUACGUGUGAUCUGACGAAAGAGUCGAAAACUAUGGGAUAUUUCAAUUUUUAGAUAUCAGAUUAUUUUAUAAAAUGACACCAUAAAACUGAAUUGUGCAUUCUAUUACUUGACUCAUCUGCAUCGAUCUUUUUUUUUCAUUACACUAAUUUAUAAUCUACGUAUUAAACAACUUUAAUCUUUUUAAACAAUUAUAAUUCAUUUAAUCGACUACAAUUGGCUAAUCGUCAUGACGAUUCAACCAUUGGUUUUGGUCUGAUUAAUCGUCAAGACAUUAAUAAUCUUUGAUACUUAUAUAUAAGCAUCUCAUUUUUAAUAAUUUAAAUUAAAUUAUUAAACUUGAAAAAGGGAUGGAUAUGAGAGUCAGACGCAGUUAUCUGUGCGUGAGUGAUCAAAUUACUGAUUUAUUCCAUGUGUAUACAUUCGACGAACAUUUCGGCUCGGGAUUGAGCCAUCCAGCAAGAAAAAUAAUUAAAUUACUCCCCCUCUCCAAUCCUGUUGAGCGAGCUUCAGGAUUUGAAGAUGAAAAACAACAUUGACUAUUAGAUUGAUAUCUGUAAUAAAUGUUUCCGUUAUCACUGACCACCGAAUUAACUUUGACCAUGAAUUUGAUUGGGAGAAUGUUGAAAUAUUAGAGAACAAUUUUUAGCUAAACGAUUAGUGUCAGAAAUGUCAUGUAUCAAGUUAUAAAAGGACAGCCUUAAUUCUCAAACGGAUACAGAAUUGCUCCAUCACGCCUAUGUAUCAAUAUUAAAUAAAUUGUGAACCAUGCCGGUUGCCGGUGCAUAUACUUUGUUAUAAUACGGACUACUUAUUUUGUUUUUAAAUUUUCUUAUAUUGUCGACCCUUAUAUCUCAGCUUUUAUUUAUUAAGGUUUGUUACCAUGACUCGUAACAUGACUAAACUAACGUUAGAUAUUUCGUGCCCGUCGUCCUGACCGGUUCGUUGAUUCCGUUUCAUUGUUAGUAUUUUUUUAUCUGUUCGGAUCUUAUAUGCUUUUCUACAUGGCUUUGUGAUAUUCCUUUUCUCCUGACUUUUGGGUGAGUUUAAUAAGGUUGUACUAAUUGACUCAAUUUAUAGAAAAACAUUUAUUACAGAUAUCAAUCUUAGUCAAUGUUGUUUUUGGAUCUUCGAAUCCUGAAGCUCGCUCAACAGGAUUGGAGAGAGGGAGUAAUUUAAUUAUUUUUCUCGCUGAAGAUGGCUCAAUCCCGAGCCAAAACGUUCGACGAAUGUAUACACAUGGAAUAAAUCAGUGAUUUGAUCACUCACGCACAGAUAACUGCGUCUGAGUCUCAUAGCCAUCUCUUUCAAGUUUUAUAAUUUCGAGAGUCCUUACUCAUUAUUUUAUUAAAUUAUUAAAUUUAUUGUAAAAAAUAUUACCGCAGCCAGGGUUCGAACCUGGAACCUCUUUUAUUCCGUGCAGGGCGUACCAAUCGACCACCGAGGCAUGUGGUAAUAUUUAUUACAAUAACACACUAAACAAUAAUAACAUAGAGACACAAUUCGACCAUUGGUUUUGGUCCAAUUAAUCGUCAAGACCCGUGGUCAAGGCAUUAAUAAUCUUUGAUACUUAUACUUAUAAGCAUUUUAUUUUAAAUAAUUUAAAUUAAAUUAUUAAAUUUAAUCGUGACGAUUAGCCAAUUGUAGUCGAUUAAAUGAAGUUUAAUUGUUUAUUAUUUAUUUGGCAAAAUAAAAAUGUACUUUCGGUUUGAUUAUACACCGCGACUUAAAAUUUUAUUGUUUAGUGUAUUA